AUGGAUGGGCAUGAGGCCAUAAAGCAGAAGUCUUCCACAGCUAUUGCUACUGGUGACAUCCUUCGCAGCGAGAAUGCACUCGCAAGCCCCCUCAGUGAGGAUGAGAAACGAAAUGAAAAGAAACUUGUUCUAAAGAUUGACCUCUUGAUACUUCCCAUGAUUGCCUUCUCCUUUUACCUUAGCAUUAUAGACCGGGGUAAUUAUGGCGCCGCUCGGCUUCAGCAUCUAGAAAGCGAUGUUCAUAUGUCGGGGUCCGAAUUCCAGGCGGCAUUGAGCAUUUUCUACGUGGGCACCAUCCUGUUUGGGGUACCAUCAAAUAUGCUGCUCAACCAUUUUGGCCGGCAAUCAUUGCACAUCGGCCUUGCCGUUCUCUUUUGGGGAACGGUCACGAGCUGCACGGCUGCAGUCAACAAUUUUGAGUGGAUGAUGGCUUGCAGGACCAUUCUAGGCAUUGCUGAUAAAGGCUCCUCUAUGUGCGGGAAUCCUAUUCUACCUCUCAAAAUGGUAAAGAAAAUAGAGCUUUCCUUCCGCAUUUCUAUAUGUCUGUCUGCGGGACUAGUGGCAGCUGCCAGCGGUCCAUUGAUAGCCGCGGGUAUCUUGAACGGUUUAGAUGGCCUUCGAGGGCUUUCCGCAUGGCGAUGGCUUUAUUUGAUUGAGGGUAUAGCAUCGAUAUGUGCAGGGCUUGCGCUUGUCGCAUUUCUCCCUGACUACCCACACACCUGGGCUGCCCUCACGCCCCAUAUGAGAGAAACGAAUCUCACUAACGAAUAUCGCAGCUAUUCGGCGUCUAACAUUAGACGCCCAGAAACUAACCUCGACGGCGCCAAAAUAUUAGCAUUGGACGGCGUCAAGCUAGCAUUACGUGAUGAGAAGUUGUACAUCCUGACCUUCCUGCAGCUAUGCACUAUCAUCUGUAUCGAAAGUCAGAGCUUCUAUCCCACAAUGACGGCCACGCUGGGAUACAGCCAUGUCAUCUGA